UAUGUGAAUAGCGGGUCCUCCGGCGGGGCAUCUGGCUCGGCGCCGCGGUGUUCGCCGGGAAGUGGGCCUAGAGCGACCUCAGAGUUAAGGGCUGGGCCUGACGUCAGUAGCCAAGAUGGCGGCGGUGGCCGGGGUCUCCUUGAGGCGGCGGUUCCCGGCCACAGUCCUGGGCGGAGCCUGCCUGCAGGCUUGCCGAGGGGCCCAGACAGCUGCAGACAGAGCGCCUCGAAUCAAGAAAUUUGCCAUCUACCGAUGGGACCCAGACAAGGCUGGAGAUAAGCCUCAUAUGCAGACUUAUGAAGUUGAUCUGAAUAAAUGUGGCCCCAUGGUGCUGGACGCUUUAAUCAAGAUCAAGAAUGAGAUGGACUCCACCCUGACCUUCCGGAGAUCGUGCAGAGAAGGCAUCUGUGGUUCGUGUGCAAUGAACAUCAAUGGAGGCAACACUCUGGCCUGCACCCGCAGGAUUGACACCAACCUCGACAAAGUCUCCAAGAUCUACCCGCUGCCGCACAUGUACGUCAUCAAGGACCUUGUGCCCGAUUUGAACAACUUCUAUGCCCAGUACAAAUCCAUUGAGCCCUAUCUGAAGAAGAAGGAUGAGUCCCAGGGAGGCAAGCAGCAGUACCUGCAGUCCAUAGAAGACCGCGAGAAACUGGACGGGCUGUACGAGUGCAUCCUCUGUGCCUGCUGCAGCACCAGCUGCCCCAGCUACUGGUGGAACGCAGACAAGUACCUGGGGCCUGCGGUCCUCAUGCAGGCGUACCGCUGGAUGAUUGACUCCAGGGACGACUUCACGGAGGAGCGCCUGGCCAAGCUGCAGGACCCGUUCUCGCUGUACCGCUGCCACACCAUCAUGAACUGCACACAGACCUGCCCCAAGGGUCUGAAUCCAGGGAAAGCCAUUGCUGAAAUCAAGAAGAUGAUGGCGACCUACAAGGAGAAGAGAGCUGCAGCUUAAUGUGGCAGCGACCACACCGGUGACUGGCUCAGAGACGAAUGUCAUUUAUGCCCAGUUGGGAUCCCUUGCAAGGUCUUGAUUUUCCAUGAACAUUGUGUGUACAAUAAACAUUUCAAGAAAUCAGA